CCUGUAAGAAAGGCAGCCUGGACAGGAGUUCGAGAUGCUCUGGAGUUCGGAUCAGCCUGCACCCAGGCCACGUAUGGUUCAGAGGACUGCUUAUACCUCAACGUGUUCACACCGGCAAUGCCAGCGCAAGGUGAAGCCCUGAAAGCUGUCAUGGUUUGGAUUCACGGAGGAUGUUUCACCGCGGGAAAGGCUAAUUUGUAUAAGCCCCAUUACUUUGUGGACAACGAUGUUGUGUUUGUUAGUAUGAAUUACCGUCUCGGACUACUAGGUUUCCUCAGCACCGGAGACGACGUCGUCCCUGGAAACAUGGCCCUUAAGGAUCAAGUGGAGGCCCUGAGGUGGGUGCAGAGAAAUGUAGCUGCGUUUGGCGGAGAUCCAGAGAGAGUGACUAUCUUUGGCCAAAGCGCUGGAGGAGCUUCUGUUCAUUACCACGUCUUGUCUCCACUUAGUAAAGGUCUGUACAAGAACGCCAUAGCAAUGAGCGGAUCAGCUCUGAGCCCCUGGGGUUUCUCGAGAAACGCAACAGACAGAGCAAUACGCUUCGCGCAGCAUUUGGGAUUCUCAGGGCAGAACACCACAGAGCUUGUAGAUUUUCUCAAAACCGUGGAUGCACGGACCCUAGCAAACGACAUUUACUACGCCCUUUCAGAGGAGGAUAGUCAAAGUAUCGGCACUUGCGUUUGGGCCCCCAGUGCCGAACCAGAGCACGAAGCAGCGUUUAUCACUGAAGAACCGUGGCGGCUGGUGGCUGAAGGUCGCUACAAUCGCGUCCCAUUCAUGUCGGGAGUCACGGACCUCGAACUAGUAAACAAUAUUCACGGUAAUGCAACGCUAGCAACAGAAGAAGGUAUUAGGUUCUUCAACGAAAACUUUGAGGCAAUUAUUGGCUGUGAUUUGAGACUUCCGACCAGAGCCGAACGGCUGAAUGGCGCUCGUGCAGUGAAACAGUUUUAUUACAAUGGCAGCGACAUCACAGUGCAGGAUAAUUUCACCACAGCUUUGUUAGAUUCUCAUAUGUUUUUCGUGGAGGGAGCUGACGCUGUCGUAAGGAAUAUGGCUAACUAUUCUUCAGAGCCUGUAUACUACUAUGUAUUUACUUACAACGACGGACCAUUCAACCGAUAUCCUGAAGGCGUGGGCCAUGCUAUCGACAUAGCAUAUAUGUUCCUUUCAUUCUGGCUUGAUCCCACAUCUGACGGGGCUAUUCUCCGAGACCAGAUGACUGCAAUGUGGACUAACUUCGCUAAGUACGAUAAUCCGACUCCAGAACUGAACUCAAUGCUGACACAAAAAUGGGAGGCGUACAACGAAUCGCUGCCUUUCUACAUGGAACUAACAUCUCCUCUGAAGCCAGGAAUGAGGUUAUAUGAGCCCUACAUGAACUUCUGGCACAGUUUACUGCCAUACUAAACGCAACAACUGGAAUGUAACUUUUGUGAUGCUUUACUGAUUCUAAAGUGGUCAACGUUGAUAUCUUCCAAAUGCUGCGCUGUCGUGUACGUGUUUGACUCAUAAUCCUCAAUGUACCGCUUCAUUUUAUUAACAUUAAAUCAUUAUCAACAUCUAUACAAAUGUCGGUAAUAAAGACCUACAUUUACUUUUCAA